GGGGGUGUGCGCCCAUGGGUGAACAGGAGCAGAGGCAAUCAGAUCAGUAGAGAAGUGUAGUCACAGACGGACGGGUUUGGGGUUUGUGUUACGUCCAAGUUUAUGUGUAAAGACGACAAAAGGAUCAGGACAAAGAGGUGCCAGCCGUAACAUGGCUCUAACUUGUUGAUGUUACCUUCACAUAUUUCUGCAGUCACUCAAGGCUGUGAAGAUGUCUCUUUUUGCUGUGUUUACAACAACACCACUCAUUCCGGAUAUAUUUACAUUGGAUUCUACUGCUGCCCAGCCAACAGAGUCCUACACAUCAGACCUGCUGUUCAAUGGUACAGAUAUAAUUGACUUAAACAGCAGCAGCCACCUCAGCCAGUCUGCACUGCCCCGCUGCACCUAUAAAGAAGACUUCAAACAGAUUCUACUGCCUGCCGUCUACAGCUUUGUUUUUGUCCUUGGACUUCCUCUGAAUGCUGCUGUUAUUCAGAAGAUAUGGAGGAAGAGACCCAACUUGUCACGGAACAACAUUUACACCCUAAACCUGGCCAUAGCUGACCUGCUGUAUGUGAUGUCCCUUCCAUUGCUCAUCUAUAACUAUGGGAGUCAUGAUUACUGGCCCUUUGGGGAGUUUGCAUGUAAAUUUGUUCGGUUUCAGUUCUACAGUAAUCUCCACGGCAGCAUUCUGUUUCUGACUUGUAUCAGUAUGCAGCGCUACGUGGGCAUAUGCCAUCCUUUAGCUCUUUGGCACAAGCGUGGCGGGCGAAAGCUGGCGUGGCGUGUCUGUGGAGGGGUCUGGUUGGUGGUCACCCUGCUGUGUGCACCCACUUUCCAUUUCGCAGCAACAGGGAUACAGAGAAAUCGUACUGUAUGUUACGACUUAAGUACGCCAAAACACUCAGUGAACUACUAUCCCUACGGCAUGGCACUGACAUUCCUCGGAUUCAUGCUGCCAUUCUUGGGCAUCAUGUUGUGCUACUGUCGGAUGGCUGUUUUUCUCUGCCGACCAGAGACAUACCAUGGUGUCUCCGUGGCAAGCAGUGAGAAGAGGGACAAGGCUGUAAGGAUGAUCAUCGUCGUGGCAACAGUAUUCUGCAUAAGUUUUUUCCCCUUUCACCUGACCAAGACGAUGUAUCUGCUGAUCCGCACUUUUCCUGAUGCUCCGUGUGAAACUAGGAACUUGUUUUCCAUCAUAUAUAAAAGCACCCGGCCGUUUGCAAGUAUGAAUAGCUUCCUGGAUCCUAUUCUGUUCUACUUUACACAGCCACGGUACAGACGGACCACAAAAAGAUUUAUGCUUAAAGUCACCACGCUCAGAGAUAAAGGCACCAGUGUAUGAGAUUUAGAUGGAACAAAUGGUUAAUGUGAAUAUACAGCAAGAUUUGUAUAAUUUAAAAUGCACUGUAUAGUUUACUUAGUUGUGUUAUACUUGUUCACUGUGAAAUUAAGUUUUAUUUUUUUAUAAAACCAUAUUUUAUAGAACUAUACCGAAAAUUAUAUGUAAAACUCCAUUUGUUAAUGUUAAUAUUAAUAAUUUCUUCUACACUUAAGUAAAUAUUUUAAAUUUAGGGCAUUUAUUUGAACAGUAUUUUUGUUCAUCAUACAAAGUUUACCAGUUAAACUUGCAAGUAUCUGGAUGGUAGAUUGAAAAUAUAAUGAACUCACAUUAUGCAUCCUGAUUAAGAUAAGAGUGUUACAGAAUUUGAAAUUCAAUUUCUCACUUUAUGAAGGGGUUUAAUGUAUUUUCUUGUAAAAUGAAGACUGUGUCAACUCGAUGUUUUUGUCAUACUUAGUAUACCAGAAUUAGCAUAAACACGGAUGAUGGUGCUUCCUGUCUGUCAAUUUUUUGCACUGAGAUGCUUUAAGCAAAUCUGUCACACCCUAAAGUGAGGCAAAACAAGAGGGUCUUAACUACAUACAGCUAGCCUGUUGUAUCUGUUGUUCAUUUUGAAUAUGUUCAUUGUAAAAGAGCAGAAUUAUACAGAACAUACAAAUUAUAGAUGUUUUUGCAACCUAAUGAGAAAAAAACGACACUUAAGAACGCAUGUUUCUCGUAUGUGCUGGGCAUGUACUUUGACAUAUUGUCUUGUCUUGUUGUAAAUGCCUGUGGAAUAUAUUUUGUUAAUCAUGCUAAACCGUAGGCAGUAUUAGUUCCAACAAAUGUGUUUACUUGUGAGAAGUAUCAGAUACCCCAACAUAAUUAUAUGUGUACAUAAUUAUAUUUUUGUUACUUACGUGCUAUAAUGAAAUAAUGCAUUGU